GCAUUUCUUCACCUCCAGCCCUCAACAAUUUCUUCCUUUCCCCAUCUAACUUCUCAAUUGCCCUCUGUACAGCUAACGGUCGCCAUGACGGAACGUCUAAAGUCCAUUGUCUCGCAGAUGUCGCCGUCUAAGAGCGGUCUGAGCGCUAUUACGACGAAAAAUCCUGAUGAUAUCGUCAUUACGCUCGCUAUCCGAACGCCGCUUGCGAAGGCAUACAAAGGAGGCUUCAAGGACACGCCGCUCGAUGGCCUCGUCGUCAAGCUGCUGAAGCAGGUUAUUGCGAAGUCGAAGCUGGAUCCGCAACUUGUCGAGGACAUUUGCUUGGGCAAUGUCUCCGACGCAAAAGCCGCCUACUACGUCCGCGCCGCCAUGCUCGGCGCCGGCUUCCCCAACACCACCGCCGGCUCCUCCGUAAACCGCUUCUGCAGCUCCGGCUUGAAAGCCGUACAAGACAUCGCCAACCAAAUCGCCAUGGGCAGCAUCGAGAUCGGCCUCGCAGUCGGCGCGGAGUCCAUGACUGUCGGCGGCGACCGCCUCGAACGCCCCUUCUUCGGCGAGAUCCUCGAAAACCAAGAAGCCUGCGACUGCAUGCAGCCCAUGGGCCAGACCAGCGAGAACGUCGGCAAGGACUUUAAUAUCAGCCGCGAGGCACAGGACCGGUUUGCGACUGAGAGCUUUAGAAGGGCGGAGAUGGCGCAGAAGGCGGGCUGGUUCGAUGACGAGAUUGUGCCGAUUAAGGUCAUGCUCAAGGAUCCGAAGACCGGCGAGGAGAAGGACGUUACGCUGACGAAGGACGAGGGUCCCAGAUGGGGCACCACGUUUGAGGCGCUACAGAAGAUCCGGCCGGCGUUCAUGCCGCAUGGCGAUCGCUCGACGGGCGGAAACUCAUCGCAGGUCACCGAUGGCGCGGCCGCGGUGCUGCUCAUGAAGCGCUCCAGGGCGGAGCAGCUGGGUCAGCCCAUCCUAGCAAAGUACGUCGGCGCGACGGUUGCGGGUCUCGCGCCGCGUAUCAUGGGUAUCGGGCCGAGCAUUGCGAUUCCGAAGCUGCUUACCAAGUUCAAUAUUUCCAUGGACGAUAUCGAUCUCAUUGAGCUCAACGAAGCGUUUGCGUCGAUGGCAGUGUACUGCUUGGAGACGCUGAAGAUCGAUCCUGCGAAGAUGAAUGUUAGGGGUGGUGCUAUUGCUUUGGGGCACCCGCUGGGAUGCACGGGCGCGCGGCAGAUUGUUACGGGGCUGAGUGAGUGCCGGAGGCAGAAGAAGAAGAUUCUGCUUACGUCGAUGUGUAUUGGCACGGGUAUGGGCAUGGCGGGUCUGUUUGUCAAUGAGCAGAAUGUGUAA